GCGCAGUAUAUAAAAAAAAUUAAUAUCAUACUCAAAUUCAGUACUAAAAUAAAAGUAAUCUUAUAAAAUUCGUUUAAAUUAAAUAUUACACAAAAUAUCAACGGUCUGGUCUAAACAAAACGGUUUUAAAUAAUUAUGUUAAAAUAAUUAGCAAAGUGUUUAAUAAAUGUUUUGAACAAAGCAUCGAAAUGGAAUUAAAAUAAAAAUAUAUCGUCCUAUUAAUCUUUGAAUCGAAUGAACUAGUAUUUAUGUAUACAUUAAGUGCAAAUUCAAAACAAAUUGAGAACAAAAAUUGUGUACAUACUAUAUACAUUAUAAUCAAUGUAAUAAUUACAAUAUUUUUAAAUAAUAAAAAUAAAAAGGAAACAAAAUAUUAUGAAAAAUAAAGAUGUACGCAUAAAUAAUUAUGAAGUUAAUUUAGAUAAUGUUGAAAUGUAAGUAAAAUUAAGAAGUCUCGAUUUUAUAAGAAAUCAAACUAAAAUAAAUGUCAAUGGAGGUUGCAGAUACAAUAUUUUAUUGAGGACUAUUGUCAAUUAAAUGAUGUAUUCAAUUUUACAACAUAUACGAAUACUUCGUGGACUACUGCUUAUCAUUCCUUUUGUGUGUAUUGGUGCAUAUUCUGAUAUGGGAAAAAAUUCAUCACCUCAAAACCUUUUCACAAAUGCUGGCCGGUCACAAUUCGCAACAAAAAAUAAUUCACGGGUAGUUGUUCAAAAAGGAGGACUAGCGAUUCUUCCUUGUGUUGUAAAAUUAAAUUCUCCCGCAACGGUAUCAUGGAUUAGACGAAAGGAUUUUCAAUUGUUAACAGUCGGUUUAUCGACACACAGUAGCGAUAAACGAUUUUUAGUUGAACAUACUCGGCAUAUGGGACAUUGGUCACUACGAAUAAAGUCUGUGCGAGAAGAGGAUCGAGGUCUUUACGAAUGUCAACUCUCCAUAUAUCCUACCCAGUCCAUAUUCAUUGAGUUAAAAGUUGUAGAGGCAGAAGCUGAAAUAACUGGAUCUCCAGAUAUACACAUUGAUGAAGGCUCAACUUUAAGACUAGAAUGUAAACUAAGAAAAGCCACGGAAAUACCAGAAUUUGUAUUUUGGUAUCAUGACAACAAAAUGGUUAAUUAUGAUACACAAAAUGGUUUUUUUGUAAAAUCAAAUAUACACAAAGAAACCACAGUGUUAGAUGCGAAUACGAUGAAAAAUGAUGAAACGCUUGGUAAAGGAAAUAAAACUGCUCAGUCGUUAAAGUUUUUGCAGCCAGUUGGAUAUUCACUGCCAGCAUCUAUAAGUACUUUGACCAUACAAAAAGUACGUUUUCAUCACGCUGGAAAUUAUACUUGUGCCCCGUCAAAUGCUCGAUCAGCAAGUACAUCGGUUCAUGUUCUACAAGAUGAAAAACCAGCUGCAAUGCAACAUUUUAAUCGGACUAUAUGGGAUGGAGAAAUAAAUAAUAACAGCAUGAGUACAACUGGAACUACUACUGCGAACAACUCUUUGAACGUCAUACCAAGUAUAUUUUACCUCAAAAUAAUAUUAUUUUGUACAUAUGAGACGUAUGCCAUGAGCAUAAGUAAUCUGAUAUUCAACAUCCUAACAGACGUAAAGUUACAUAAUAUUAAUAGAUGAAGUUUAAUUAAAUUAAAAAUGACAUUGUAAAUUUGUAAGGUUAAAUAAAAUUAUUUCUAAAUAUCAUGCAUGAAAUUUGGAUUAAUAACAAUGUUAAUGAUAUUUAAAAUAAAACAUACAUACUUCUACUUAGUACGAGUAU